AUGAGCAAUUCAGACGCGACGGAGGACGCGGCGGCUGCGCGGCGCCACCUCGAGGAGGCUCGCGCAGAGCAAGAGAAGCUUGUCGAGCAGGCCUCCGCUCUGCAGGCCAGGAGGGAGAAGAUCGAGAGACUGCUCAGCGUUGCAGCGGAGGAGGAGAGCGAGGCACGUGCCAGGCUCGAUGCCGCUGUCAAAUGGCGAGAGGAUCUGGCGGAGAUGGCCAUCAAGGCCGAAACGGCAGCACGGGAUUUCUCCGAGGAAGUAGCGCUCUACUCAAGAUCGGAGGAGGAGGAGGCGCUUGAGGCGGUGAGCCACGCCGAGGGCGCGCUGGAGCGCGCCGACGGUGCCGGAGGCGAGGCAGGGUCGGGCGGAGAGUCGGACGCAGAAGAGUCGGAGACCGAGGUGGAGGUCGAGGUGGAGCCGCCUCUUGGGGGGGCGGGCAAGGAGGGGGGCUCGGAGACGGAGUCGGAGGAGCCGGAGGAGCUGGAGGAGGAGAAAACAGCCACGGAGGAGCGAUGUGCCGACGAGCAGGCGACGCGGCUGGAGAGGAUGGAACACUACAUCAAGUAUGGAGAGCUGGAGGAGGCGCUCAAGCUUGCAGUCACGCGGGAGGAGAGGGCGAGCGUGCUCGAGGCGUUUCGCGAGGGGUCGCCGAUGCUCUCUGCCAUGGGGGAGUUCCACGUCCUCCUCUCCGAUGCCAUCAGCCAGCUGCCGUCGACCGACCUGAUUGCGCAAGCCGAUGCACAAAAGCCGGACUUCCUGUGCGCGCUUGAGCACUACGAAGUUGUGGACGCCGAGUCGAUGCGCCAGCUUCUCUCCAGCCAGAGUUCGCGCAGAAAAAUCGUGAAAAUCCUCGCAAACGUCGGCAUUCCCCUCGAGCUGAUUGAGCAUCUUGUCCGAAUUGUCGAGUGUGGCGAGUUUGGCUUCAUCCUGGCCGAGGCGAUCGAGGGCCUUCCGGCAGAGAUGCGAGAGGGGGCGGUGGCGAGCCGAGCGGCGGUCCUGCGCGCGCUGACCGAGAUGCAGCUCGCGGACGCCGACAAGAUGUACACGGCCCUCACCAUGGAGCGAGCGCCGCUCGAGUCCCUCCUCGCCAGGCGCGGGGUGCUGGCGAGGCGCCGCUUCAGCUCACUCAAGCUGCAAGAGGCCGUCGAUGCGUCGAAUGCAGCCUGCGAGGAGGAGCGCCUCGCAGCCGCGGCACGCGAGGCGGCGUUUCUCUCGAACGACUCGUUCGAUGACGCCCUCUCGGAGGACACUGUCCUUGUCGAGUGCGACGCGUGCGCCUGGUGCGGCACGCUCGCCGCUCCGUCACGCGCCCUCUCCCGGUGCGGCAAGUGCCAGCGGGUGGCGUACUGCUCCAAGGAGUGCCAGCGGCAGCACUGGCGCGCCGACGGCGGCAACCACAAGGCGCGGUGCAACAAGCGGGUGGAGAUUGCGGACCUCCGCCACAUCUCCAAACUGCCGUCUGCCGACGCUGGCCGCCUCGUCGCCGGUCUGCUGGCGGAGUACGGGGCGAUGGACGAGACACUCGCCGCCACGGUGCUCUGGCACGGGAUGGACUUGGAGGACGGGACGGGGCUGGACGACGAGGGUCUGCUGGCCAUGUGCGACGCCGGUGGGGUGGCGACCGCGGUGCGCGUCGGGCGGGCUCACAUCCAGAUCGGCGAGAUCUCGGAAGUUCCACACUGUGGCACUAUGCUGCUCGAACGGCUCUCGGGCCUUAACGAUCGGGCGGUUGAUGAGAUGAUGCUGCGGGCGGGCGGCGCAAAGUUCGUGACGCAGGUCAACCAGUACUAUGCCGAUGAGUGGACCAACACACAGGAGUUGGUUGACAAGCAGCGGCAGAAUCACAGCAAGGCUCGAGAGAUGGCGCGGGGCAUGACCGAGGAAAGGCUCGCAACGAUGAGUGCGGAGGAGAGGGAGCACGGCAUGGAGCUAGUGGAAGAGGUUGACCGGUUGCGGCGCGACAUCGAGAGGAAAUUUGACUUCAUCGAAGAGAUGAAGGGCUUGUGGCAAGAGACGCUCCUGCACGCGAUCCAUGUCUUCGACGCGCUGGUGCCGCUCAGCGACAAGGCCUCGCUUGCGUGCGCCGCGGGGGGUGUCGGCCUCGCCACCAUCGCCCUCGAGUACCGCGACCACAAGGUCUCUGCGAGGGCGCUGCGGCUGCUGCAGCAGUGGGCGCACAACGCCUACACCCGCCAGAUGGUUGUGGCUGAGUCGCGCACCGUGCGGGAGGUGGUGUCGCUGCUGCAGAACGACGAGGCGUCGCGGAAACUCAAGCAGGCGGCGGUGAGUUUCCUCGUCGAGCUCUUCGCUGCCCAGGCGACGGAGCCGGAGGGCGGCGGCGACGAGUUCCUCUCCGAGCUCCGCAAGAGCGACGCGGAGUUCGACACGUGGCUCAACCAGAAGCUGCUCGACGACGCGAUGGCGCAGAUGCAGAGCAUGCGAUCCGCCUGAGCCGCGCGCCUGCGCCCUGCCGUCGAGCCGUAAGCUCUGCUCCUCUGGUACCCCCCCCCCCUUCCUCUCCGAACACGUCUGUCUGCGUUCCCUCUCGUACGUCAUCGCACAUGGAGCGGCGGCAAGAGAUUAUCCGGCGAGUGUAGCUGCUCGCGAACUCAUCUCACAUGCGCGCUGUGACAGUGCGAGGUGGGUGUGCCGCGCCCGCCACUGGACUCUCGUCUCCCGGGACGAUUGCCUCGGAAGUCGGAUGCGACUUGCCGACCAUACGGCUCUCAGUAUCGGCCUUGUGCGUGCGCGCCGCCGCCGGGCGCGGGCGUGCGGCUCCAUGCGCACAGGCCACAGCCAUCGGCGCGCCGCGCAGCUCCGAGUUCGAGCGACUGAGGUCCUGUGCGUGUGCUUAAAUAAAUAAAUAAAAACGGUCAAACUC